GGGACCAGUGCCCCCAGCAGAUCCCAGGGCCCCCAGUGAGACCAGUGCCCCCAGCAGUGGCGGCGGGCACGGUGCCACCAGCCUUGCGCAGGACAUGUGUCACCGUCCUCUCAGCCCCGUCAGGGCUAAUCCCAGGGCUUAAUGGCUUUUGCUGAUAGGAGUGGGGCCGCCGUCACUGUCACCGUCACCGGUGGAGCACACGGAGAGAACAGCCGGGCUCGGUGGAGCCAGCACCCAGCCCAUGUCCCUGCAUCCCUGGCCUCCCAGGACGUGGGGACAAGGACCGCCAGAACUGGGGACAUGGGGCUGUCGCAGAGCAAGAGGGGUGACGACAAAGGCCCGAGGAGCAGCGCGGUGCUGGAGGGUGACGGGAGCGAUGUCCUCUCCCCGGACAUGGCCACCGAUGGCCACGGGGGCCUCAUCCAGCCCAGGAAGGUGCCAAACCCAGUGCGGGAGUCCCAGAGCCACCGGGAGCUGCACCGGGAGCUGCUCUUCAGCCACAGCAGGGGGAUCCUGCCCCGGCACAGGGCCGAGCUCCCGCGGGUGCUGGAGAGCCGGCGGCUAAGGCAGCUGAGGGAGGAGCUGCAGGGACCCCCCUCCGACCUGGAGCAGCAGCUGAGGAAAUGCCACCAGAGGCUUGAGGAGCACGAGCGGGAGGCAGCGGCGGGGCCGGAUCCGGGCCCUCGCCCCGAGUUCCUUCUGGUGCGGGACAGCCUGAGGAAGAUGAAGCUGGCGGAGCCGGGUGCCUGGCAGACGUGAGCAGGGGCCGGCCCGGCAGAGCGGGGGACAGCUGCCCCGGGACCCCCCCCCCACGGCGGCACACCGGGCUCCCCCCAUGCCCAGCACAUCCCAGUGCUGGGAACGGCACCCGGCGCUGUCAUUCUGGGAGAGCUCGUGGUCGGGGGCGGCCGUGGGUACCGCUGCCUCGGCGUCCCCAAAGCGGUGAGAACCAGCGUGCCAAGGGCUGGAAUGAGCUGGCAGAGCCGGGGCAGCGCCGGGGGCGGCAUGGGGAGGUGGCGGGCAACGGUCUCACCCCGACCUGCACCUGCUCCAUCUCUCUCUGACAAAAACCCCAUGAAAUAAAGGCUUUCAUCUGGU